GCUCUUUCUCCCCUCCCUCCCUUUCUUUUCUCUCACUGGCUGGCUCUCUCUUUCACUCACUCUCUCGCUGCCUGCUUUCUCUAUAGUCAAAAGCAAGGAUCAGAUUCUCUGCCUUGACUAUAAACAUUCUUGGUGAGAAAAUUCAAAGGGAAGAGCAGGUGCAUUGAGAAGGAGUAGAGGAAGAUCCAAGGCUCAGUGUGGGAGGAAAAAAGUCCAUCGUUUCAAGGAGGGCAAGAAAAAAGAAGUGGAAAACCACCUCUCUCACAGAGCCAAGGUGCACCAAAGCUCAGGACUCAUCGCUGAGAGCAGAAGAUAGUUGGACAGAGACAGGAGAUUUUCUUGCUACUCAAAAUCUAUCUCCCAUUGUCCCCUUGGCUGCCCCUAUUCAGAUAUUGCGUGUGGGUUUGUGCCUUCAAGCUACUGUCAGCUUAUGAUGACUGCAUUGAUUUCAUAGAGUUUUCUUAAGCAAAGAACAAUCAGAGAAUGCAGAAACAGCAAGAACGGUGUCAGAUAUUUACAGCUGUCCUCUUCGCAUUUAUUUUCCUGCUCGCAGCUGUGAGCACUACUGAGGCUGGCAAAAAAGAAAAACCAGAGAAGAAGUUGAAGAAAUCUGACUGUGGAGAAUGGCAGUGGAGUGUAUGUGUCCCUACUACUGGAGACUGUGGGCUAGGGACCCGUGAGGGCACUCGGAGUGGAGUUGAUUGUAAGCAGACAAUGAAAACACAGAGGUGUAAGAUCCCUUGCAAUUGGAAGAAGCAAUUUGGAGCGGAAUGUAAAUACCAAUUCCAGGCAUGGGGAGAGUGUGACCUAAACACUGCCUUGAAGACUCGAACUGGGAAUCUAAAGCGAGCUCUACACAAUGCGGACUGCCAGAAGACUGUCACCAUCUCAAAACCCUGCGGAAAGCUUACCAAACCCAAACCUCAAGAACCCAAGAAAAAGAAAAAAGAAGGCAAGAAACAGGAAAAGACACUGGAAUAAGAAAGCUAUGACAAGUGGCAUGGGAUUGAGAUUUCCUCGAAUGUAAUCAGUUAACACAAGUUUCAUUGACACCUAGGCAUUUUAUCCAGAAGUUAUUUAUAGCUUAAUUGUACAGUAGGAGGAAAUAAACAUGCAAACACACUCUCUUUCUUCUUUUAUUUUUUUAUUCUUAGUACAGCCUCUCCUAAUUUGGCACUCUUCAAUUGGGUAAGAUUACAGUUCCUACCAUUCCCAGAGUGUUGGCUGGGAAUAAUCCGCUUUGGAUCCUGCUCUGGGAGAAAAGGGGCAUACAAAUGCAGCAAACAAAGAAACACAUGAAUAAAGGAAUUUGUAGUACAGCACAUUUAGAAGAUGCUGGAUCAUGGAAGGCUGCCCUAGUUUUUUUCAGUAUAUACUCUUAACCUUUGUAGAAGUUUGCAGUAAAAGGCAGUAGUGUCAUGUAGAACACAAGUGCUUUGGUAAAUGGAAAAAGUGUAGAUUCAUUCCCAAAUCCCCAUUCCUUCUCUCAAAAUCCAUUCUUCUAAGGCCUGGGUUUGCAUGCUAAGGACAGGGUUGGUGACCUACAAUGAACUCCCAAGUUGUAUUCUAUCAAGGUUCUUUGAUGUCAUUAUGACCUGUCUAGAUGCUGAACAGCUUGGCCAUCCUACGUGUGAAACAGAUUUUCCCACCCCUUUUUAUGUUUUUUUAAUAGCAAGUGUGGGUCACUAUCUCCAGAUUGUAUCUGCACUGAAAUAACUAACUUGGCUGAAAUUUACACCUUUUAAUAAAACAAUUUAAGGCUCUAGUCUAUAA